AUGACUGAAGUUAAGAAGGACAAGGACGAUAGACCUUACAAAUGCACAAUCUGUGACAAAGCAUUCCACCGUCUUGAACAUCAGACCCGCCACAUCCGAACACACACAGGAGAAAAACCUCACCCUUGCACAUACCCAGACUGCAACAAGCGCUUUUCCCGUUCAGAUGAACUUACCAGACAUUUGCGCAUCCACAACAAUCCAUCCUCCCGCAAACGUUCAUCCAAGUACCGCAAUGACGACCCCAAGCUUGAUGGUCAGCUGGGAUACCCUGUUAUCACCGAUGCCAACGGCAUGCCCAUGUCGGUAAUUCCCGUGGCCUUUGAUAGUCUGGGCACUCCUCACUACUAUCCUUCGCAACCGUAUCCCGUGUAUGUAGUGCAACAGGGUGGUCAGGGAAUAUUGCCACCGGGACAGGCUAUUGCCAUUCCAGUGCAGCAAGUUCCUGGCAAAUUCACUACAGUUUCCGCCCAGAUUCCUCAACAAAUGCCACAGCAAAUGCCUCAGCAAAUGUCCCAGCAAACUCAGGGCCCAACAUCUCAAAUUAACAACCAGAUCAACAACCAGAUCGGCAACCACAACACACAGGCAACCACUAUUCUGAUACCAGCUACAUAUACUUCGCACGAGGCCGACGCCAAGACCCUUGCAGGUUUGGCCACCAGGACGCCCCUUCCGGCCAUGUUCUCCUUGCCAACGUCGCCAACUAUCAGUCAGCCACAACAAGUUCCGUUUCAGGGUAAUACAUACCUAGAGCCACUGCAUCUUCAAGUCAAGGCGGCUGCUCCGUUCAGAGUGCAAUCAAUGGACACCCUCAGUCAUUCAAGGUCAACCUCCCUGAACAACUCACCUCCUAACAGCAGACUCAAGAAGUCGGUGAGUCUGACGCUGAUUGGUUCCACUGGCCACAGCCAUGUUUUUAGCGCUGCUAACACCAUGUCAACUGCAAAUUCGGCCACUCCUUCGUUGAGCACAUCGCCAGAAACCGGGAAGUCCUUAUCUCAAAUUCCUCCCCUGUUCACGAACCUCAAUGACUAUUUCCAUAAAAACAACCGGUCACAUGGCUCGCUCGCAUCUUUGGGUAAGCUUAAGUCUGCAAAUUCUGUCAGCAACUUGACGUCGCUCAAUACGUUAUCACCAUUUCAGCGCAUGACUCCAAUCAAGGCGCGUUCCAUGAAUUCAGUGAAUAAUACUAUGCCAAAGCCAAGCUCGCUGACACUGUUGAAUUUGGAAUUCUCUCAGCCCCACAAAAAGUCAAGACCAAACUCACCUACGGGAUCUACAGCCAAUCUUUACAUUACGCCGAGUGUGGUACUGGACAAUGCCAAUCCACCAGGAUCGCCUUCUGCAUCGCCUCCCAAUUCACAUCCCAACACAGUUAUGCGUGGUAAUCCUGCUUUUGUGAUUUCCCCAAAUGAAACACCACUUCAGACGCCCUCACAGUCUCCUCCACUUCAACCUCAGAAUAUGGUUAACAAGGGAAUCAACUCCCAGCACUUAUUCAACGAGUUGGAGAAGCAAAGACAAACUGCGCAAGCAAGAGCCGCUGAUUUCGAGCAGAGGGAUGAGAGUAUAGCCAUUAGUGGCACUACGUUGCCUCCAAUUCGGUCGGUGUUCAACUUCACCCAGAGCAGCGGACAGUCAUUGCAGGCUAUACAUGCCAAAAGAGAACUUUAA